AUGCCGGGGCCGCCCGUGGCCCAGGUGCGGGAGGCAGUGCGCGCGCAGGUGGACUACUACUUCUCGGUGGGUAAUCUGGUGCGCGACCUCUUCCUCCGCUCCAAGAUGGACGGCGAGGGGUGGAUCCCGGUCAGGGCCAUCGCAGCCUUCAACCGCGUGCGCAUGCUGACCCCGGAGCCGGGGCUGAUCGCGCAGGCCAUGCAGUCUUCCACGGUGGUGGAGGUGAGCGCCGACCUGCUGUCGCUGCGCGCGCGGGAGAACUGGCAGCAGUGGGUGCUGCCCGAGGCGCAGCGCGAACCCCCGCCAGCGCCCGCCGCGCCCCGGCAGCCGGCGCCGGCGCCGGCCCCCGAGCCGGUGCGACACAGCGGCGAGGCACCGGCUGGCGCGGCGGCCUCGGACCCCCCGCCGCCCUCCACCGUCGAGACUCCCAGCCAGGCGUCGGCCGCGGCGCCCCCCCUCGCACCCACCACAGAGGAGCCGGCGGGCGAGGAGGCGGCCGGCUCCGUGGCGCUGCCGCCGACGGGGUCCGCCCAGCUCCCCGCGCUGGAGGAGGAGGACGACAUCCGCCUGGGCGGCGUGUCGGCCGGCGGCAGCCCGCGCUUCGGGUCCUCCGUCCUCGGCUCCUCCGCGCCCAUCGCCAAGUUCCAGCACCCCAGCCACGCGCUGCUGGAGGAGGCCAACUUCACGCAGAUGAAGUACGAGAAGUUCCAGGCGCGCUGCCUGGCCGAGCGCGCCGAAAAGGGCGUGGGGCACAGCGAGGAGAUGAACACCCUCUUCCGCUUCUGGUGCUACUUCCUGAGGGACCACUUCAACAAGACCAUGUACGACGACUUCAGGAAAUAUGCCCUGGAGGACGCUGCCAGCGACUACCAGUACGGGCUGGAGUGCCUCUUCCGCUUCUACUCCUACGGCCUGGAGAAGGCCUUCAACCUGCAGUUGUACCGCGAGUUCGAGGAGCACGUGCUGCAGGACUAUGCCAACGGAUUCCUGUAUGGUCUGGAGAAGUUGUGGGCCUUCCACAACUACCACGGCUUCCCCAAGGACAAGGAGCUCGAGAUCCAGCCCAAGCUCAAGGAGCUGCUGGACACCGACUUCAGGAGCAUCCAGGACUUCCGGAGCAAGGCCAGCCAGUAUAAGCCCCACACCUCCUCCGCCGCCGGCAGCUUCGAGGCCGGGGCGAAGCCCGCGCGGCCCAUCGGGGCCGGGGGCUCGCAGGCAGCCAGGCGGCCGGCCGCCAACGGGCUUUCGCGCGUGAGCCCCGCAGCCCGCACCGCGGCCUGA